GGUCGGGGCCGGGCAGAGGGGGCGCCCCAUGGACGCCGGGGCUGGCGCUCACUCGCUGGCCUGGCCGGCCGGGGGUGUGUAUGGAUCGCGCCCGCCGCCGCCGCCGCCGCCGCCGCCGCACUUCUCCCGGCGGCCGCUCGCGCCGCUCCGCCCCCGCGGGCUCCGAGCUCUCUGCACUUGGCCCGCCGCGAAGGCUGCAGACUGCCAGUUCUCUUUUUUCCCUUUCUGUUUUACCGCCCGGGGACCGGGGGAUUUCCACCCAGGGACUUUCCAGUCACGUGACGCCUGGCCGGCCCGGGGAGCCCGCGGCCGGUGCGCCGCCUGCCGCCAGGGGGCGAGGAGGGCGCGGGAGGGAGAUGCCCGCCCUGCAGCGUCGCCCCGCCCCGCUCCGCCCCGCUUCGCCCCGCCCCGCCUGCUGCCCGAGAAACUCCUGCGCUUCGCCCCCGGGUGUCCCCGCGUGAGUCACCUGGGCAUUUCGGAAGCUGGGGCCAACGUCACAUCCAUGUGGAAAUCGCGGUGAUGGGAACUGGAAAUGAAAUAGGUUCUUUUUCUCAAACGUUUUUCUGCAGAAAAUCAUCAACUGUGGAGAACAAGAAGGGAAAUAAUAAAACAAGAAAACCCUAAAAAACCACCCCUGCACCCAGGACCGCAGGCCUCCAGCCGGGUCUGAAAAGCUGGGGCUGCGCACGUGAUGAACUCGUAGGGGAGCGCCCUACUCAUGGUCCCGAGGGGAUUUCGAGAAAAAGAAGCAGUCACAGGGCUGGGUCUUCAGCUACAGCGUGCCUCCCAGCCCCGGAGGCCAGACUGGAAGGAAAGAUUUUUCCUCUACCUUCUUGGUUUCAAUAGCUGGGUCUUUGAUACGAACUGACAACAGGCAGAUUAACAGGAGAAAAGG